UCUCUCUCUCUCUUCCUCUCUCUCUCUCUCCUCUCUUCUCUCGCCGUUUCACACUCUUCCUUCGACAAUGUUCUCAAUGAGAUUCUGCGUCAUGGUCAUCUUCAUCAUUAUGAGACAAGCCGAUUUCUUGGAGGAGCAGCAGGUAUAGGCAAUGGAUUCCGACCCUCAGUCUUUCAAGCAGUGGCAGAACGAUACCUCAAAUUCAGGACGCCAUCUCCAGCUGUGCUGCUGCAGCUACAGGUCAUUCUGUCCUACUUGCAGAAUGAAAAGCUGUGUGUUCUGGUCUUUACAAACAUGGCAUUUUGUCUAGCCUUCCUCACUGGGCGACUGAUCCUGAGGACUUUCUUUGGCGAUCUACGAAUGAUUGAACGGCAGCACAUGUAUGAUAGGGCACUAAACUUCCUGCUUUUUAAAGUCGUCUUUGGGAUUUUGAGCAUGCUCACAAUGAUCUUGGUCUCGAACAUUGCGUGGUUUUACUCUGUAUCUCGGUCUUCCGAUCCAUGUUACUUCCUGUCCUUUGAGUGCUUCACAUUGUUCCUGGACACGGUUCAGACACUUACCAGUGAAUCACGAAGAAUGAUUCAAUACUAUACCGAAUUUGUUACUGACACGAUGAUUUUGGUGACAACUUGGGACACUACUCCAUUUAUGUAUUUGCAUGGGAUCUCAUUUACACUCAUUGAUGCAGUGCUGAAAAAACUUGCCGCAUUAUACCCAUCAGCAACAGAGAAGGAACUGGAAGAUUAUAGCGAUGACUGUGCUAUCUGCAGGGACAGUAUGGCCUCAGCAAAAGUCCUUCAUGUGGCGGCAUUGUCCGUCAAAACAGAAUCAAAUAGGGUAGUGAAUAGUGGUUCGAAUGGUAUUUCUAGUCAUAACGUGAACCGCGCCAAUGUUGAGACAGCUGCAGCGCCUACCUUGAGCGACAUCCAAUAUUCUAGCCGCAUUGGGCCACCAACCGCUACCCCUUCGUUACAAGCUCUAUCAGUGCCAUCCUCUAUGGGUAAUCAUUCAUCGUCAAGUGCUCCUACCCAUAAUAGCGCUUCAGGCAACAAUAGCAAUCGUUCUAGUACAGGGCAUCAAUUGUUUACAUUCAACUCUGAGCAGCAGCCAUGGCUGAGUCGUCUGGGCUUCCAAGAAUCACAGUGGAGGUCUACGGAUGAAGAUGAGGAUGAAGAUUUGAGAAGAGCCAUUGCUGAGAGCUUGGCUUUGAGUCAACUGACGCAAUCACAAAUCAACAUCAAAUUUGCCGUUAACAGCCUCAACAACGACAGCAGCGGCGACAGCAACAGCGACGACUAUAACAGCAACGAGCGAACAUUUGAGUCGGGACAUCGGUCAUAAAUCGUCUACAACAUUAGCCGGAGCAGCGAUUCUGAGUGUGGCCCUAGUCAGAGCCAAGUCGAAGAGCUAGCCUUGUGAGCGAAAUUGAGUUGAUCAUAGGAACAGCAUUGGUGGGGUAGACGAGAGACUAUGCCCACCUGUGAUCUCAAAGUUGAUUGAAUUGAGCGAGUUACACGUAGUGUACCAAGUCAGAGAGUCUACUUUGAGUUGUGAAUAACUCAAACUUGUAUUUUUAUUCCUUUAUCUAACUAACCCUUAACUAAAGUUCAAGUGACUGUCCCUCCAAAAAAAAAAAAAAAAAUAAUAAACAGUCAGUGCUUGUUGCUUG